UCCCGCCAGUAACGCUCGCCUCCUCGCCGCCGCGAGUCCGCGGACAUGUCCUUCCCGCAGCUGGGCUACCCGCAGUACCUGAGCGCCGCGGGGCCUGGCGCCUACGGCGGCGAGCGCCCGGGGGUGCUGGCUGCCGCCGCCGCCGCCGCCGCCGCCUCGUCGGGCCGGCCCGGGACGGCGGAGCUGGGCGCGGGCGCGGGGGCGGCCGCCGUCACCUCGGUGCUGGGCAUGUACGCGGCGGCCGGGCCGUACGCGGGCACGCCCAACUACAGCGCCUUCCUGCCCUACGCCGCCGACCUCAGCCUCUUCUCGCAGAUGGGCUCACAGUAUGAACUCAAGGACAACCCCGGGGUGCACCCUGCCACCUUCGCAGCCCACACGGCGCCGGCCUAUUACCCCUACGGCCAGUUUCAGUACGGGGACCCCGGGCGGCCCAAGAACGCCACGCGCGAGAGCACCAGCACGCUCAAGGCCUGGCUCAAUGAGCAUCGCAAGAACCCCUACCCCACCAAGGGUGAGAAGAUCAUGCUGGCCAUCAUCACCAAGAUGACCCUCACUCAGGUCUCCACUUGGUUCGCCAACGCGCGCCGGCGCCUUAAGAAGGAGAAUAAAGUGACGUGGGGCGCGCGCAGCAAGGAUCAGGAGGACGGCGCCCUUUUCGGCAGCGACACUGAGGGCGACCCCGAGAAGGCCGAGGACGACGAGGAGAUCGAUCUGGAGAGCAUCGACAUCGACAAGAUCGACGAGCACGACGGCGACCAGAGCAACGAAGACGACGAGGACAAGGCCGAGGCGCCGCGCACACCCGCCGCACCCACCCCGCUCUCCCGGGACCAGGGCUCGCCGCUGGCGGCCGCCGACGCGCUCAAGCCGCAGGACUCGCCGCUGGGCCUGGCCAAGGAGGCCCCCGAGCCUGGCAGCACGCGCCUGCUGAGCCCCGGCGCCUCGGCGGGCCUUCAGGGCGCGCCUCACAGCAAGCCCAAGAUCUGGUCCUUGGCCGAGACGGCCACGAGCCCCGACGGCGUACCCAAGGCCUCGCCGCCGCCGCCUGCCGGCCACCACGGCACACACGGGCCGCCGGCCGGCGCGCCGCUGCAGCACCCCGCCUUGCUUCCCAGCCACGGACUGUACACCUGCCACAUCGGCAAGUUCUCCAACUGGACCAACGGCGCCUUCCUCGCUCAGGGCUCGCUGCUCAACAUGCGCUCCUUCCUGGGCGUUGGCUCGCCCCACACCGCGCCCCACGGCCCACACUUGCCCGCGCCACCGCCGCCGCAGCCGCCCAUCUCCUUGGCCGCUGGGGCGCUGCACGGCGACAAGGCCUCGGCCCGCAACAGCCCCACACUACCAGAGAGAGACCUUGUCCCCAGGCCAGACUCUCCAGCACAGCAGUUAAAGUCGCCCUUCCAGCCGGUGCGCGACAACUCGCUGGCCCCGCAGGAGGGAACGCCGCGGAUCCUAGCAGCCCUCCCGUCCGCCUGAUUAAGGGUCGUCCUUUACUUUUGUGGGGG